AUGACUGUCACUGUUUUUGAACACGACCACCUUUUAUCGGAAAGGGCCAAGGCUCGUUCGUUCCUGCAUUUCUCACAGGGACCCACUGAUGGCGCCCCUGAAGGGUUCAAACCACAUCCCAAGCCCUUGGCAUUACACUGGGGGAUGCCCAACCCAGGGUUUUUCCCCAUUGAUCUGAUCGACGUGAACCUUGUAGACUAUCCGUUCCAAAAGUCGUUGUCUCUUCCCACCACCAAUGCGUCGGUUGAGUCCUUGAUCCCUCAGGGGAAAUCCACUGGUCGCAGUGUCACCAUUGCCAAGAAGGAAGACGAUGCCGAUAUCAUUGACAUUUCGCGUGGACUUCAAUACAGUGAAGUUGAGGGACUCCCACAACUCCGUCAAUUUGCCCGUGACUUUAUCAAGAGAACCCACGCACCAGCCUAUUCCGACUGGGAUGUCAUCAUCACCACUGGUGCUGGUGACGGGUUGAAUAAGUCUGCAGACUUGAUUUUGGAUCCAGAAGAUGUCAUUCUUAUUGAAGAAUUCACCUUUUCUCCAUUUCUUUCCAACGUGAAGGCCAAUGGCGGCAUUGCCGUCCCCUUGAAGCUCAAUUUGGACGCAGAAUCAGGACCUUUGGGGCUUGAUAUCGACUAUUUACAGAAUCUUUUGGAGAAUUGGUCUGAACUUAAACCCGGCUUAAAGAAGCCAAAGGCGAUUUAUACCAUCCCCACUGGUCAAAACCCCACAGGAGUCACACAACCGGUUGAAUUGCGUCGUAAAGUGUACGACUUAGCCGUGAAACACGACUUUAUUAUCCUUGAAGAUGAUCCUUAUGGAUACUUGGCACUCCCUAAAUACUCCAAGCCCGAAGGUCUCUUAAGAUUGGGACAGUUUUUGGAAAUCGAUGAGUAUUUGGAAUCUCAUUUGACCCCAUCUUACCUCACUCUUGAUACCACUGGCCGUGUAGUUCGUAUUGAAACGUUUUCCAAGUUGUUUGCCCCAGGGCUUCGUCUUGGGUUCAUUGUGGCACAGAAACGAGCCAUUGAUGUGAUUGGAAAAUAUGCUGCCUUGGUGACCCGGUCACCUUCCGGUACUUCUCAAUUGAUUGUCCAGAAUGUAAUCCAAAAGAAAUUUGGUGGCGUGGACGGAUGGAUUGAAUGGAUCCUCAAGAUGCGUGUCACUUAUGCCCACCGUCGUGACGUUCUUCUUCUGCAAUUCUACGAGUCUGACGCCUAUAAGAAGGGGUACCUCGACGUCAUAGAUCCGCUGGCCGGUAUGUUUGCCCUGGUGAUCAUCAAAUUCCCCGAGGGCACCACUGACGCAGAUGCCAAGACGAAGUUGCUCAACUGGAAAUUCGUUGCCUUUGGUGUCGGGGUUGUCCCAGGGGCCAACAUGGCGGUAGACAAGGACUUCAGUGCCGAGAGAUCCAACUUUUACAGAAUCACGUUUGCCCCAGCCAACGAUGACGAAGAGUUGACCGAAGCGGGCCAAAGGUUUGUUGGAGCUGUUGAAGAGUUCUUCGAAAAGGGAUUGAAGUUUUAG